AUGAAAUUUCCACAGACUGGCUUGUCACAUCUAGUUUCCAAAUCGUUAAUACAAAUUCGUGGACCAGAUGCCCUGCGAUUUCUUAAUGGACUCCUCACAACUCGUUUGCUCCCCACUAUAACGAAGAAGAAACAACACACAAUUAGUUCUAGUGAUAACUCGGCAAUUCAUGCAACCUUACAGGAUGUCGUUGAUGUAUCGACAAACUAUGGACUUAUGCACGAGGACAUAUAUGAUCCAGAACACAAUAUCUUGAUAGGUCGUGAUGGACUUAAUUCGAUGAUUUUGAAUUCCAAGGGAAGAGUAGUUACAGACCUAUACUUGUAUGCGAUGCCAUUUAGCACGUAUCUACCGGAAUCUGAAACUUGUACUGAUAAUGAUUCACUCUGGGGAAAGACUUUGGAAAGUGAAAUGUCUCAGCCUAACUUUUUGAUGGAAGUUGAUUCAUCGCGCGUCAAAUCGGUGAUUCUGAUGUUGAAAAUGUAUAAAUUAGCAUCAAAAGUGAAGAUCCUGCCGAGAGAUGACUUGAAAUCAUAUUAUUAUUAUAACGACUCUGCAGAGUUUGAUGAUUUUUUGGAUAAAUUGCAAGGAGAAUAUUUUACGUCUACAGUUCCACGAGCAGCAUUGGAUAGCGCUAAUAGGUUCAUAAAGGAAAAUGCAGUGUUUCAGAGCAAGAAGUUUGCAACUGGCUUUGUUGGAUUUGGAGUGGAUUAUAGAAUACCUAAUUUUGGAAUCAAAUUCGUGUCAAAUAAACAAAUAACCGCAAGUGGCACGGAGGCAGGAUCUGGAGAUCAAGUUACAAUUGAAAAUGUAUUCUCUGAUACUUUUAAGCAACAAUUUCAGGUUCAGAUGGUUCCCGAAGAUGCAAUAAUUGACAGAAGAUUUAGUAAUGGAUUAUUUGAAACUGGCGAUGUAGCAGCAGAUGAAUCGUCACUACUACCUUUUGAAUGCAACUUGGACUACAUAAAUGGAUUAAGUUUGGAUAAAGGGUGUUAUGUGGGUCAAGAAUUGACUAUUAGAACAUACAACAACGGGAUUAUCAGAAAGAGAAUAUAUCCUGUGCAAUUUUUCAAAUUGACAGACAAUGCAAAAGAACAAAUUAAGCAAGAAAGAGAGAAAGAACCGGUUCUUGAAUCAAUUUUCUUAGAGAAUGUUAUCCCUACUACUCCUUCUUCUAGUAAAUUGACAUUGUCACCAUUACAAGAUGUACCUGGUGAUUCGCAAAACAAAGCACAAGAACAAACUAAUGAACAAACACAGAAGAGUUCCUCGCCAUUUGAAACUUCAUCAAAGCCCGUACGUAAGAGGAAAAGUUCAAGUGGGAAAGUUAUGUCAUCUCGAGGUGAUUGGGGUCUUGCAUUAUUGACAAUAAGCGACGUAACAAAAUCCCCAUAUUUUAAAGUAGAUAUGCCUUCUUCUUCUUCUUCUUCUUCUUCUUCUUCUUCUUCUUUUUAUAAUGAUGGCGGAAAUAAAGUUGAAGUUGGCGUUAAAGCCAUAGUACCAGAGUGGUGGCCUAUAGAAGAAUAA